UAUGAGUCUGACGACACAUGGUUGACUCACAAAAUGGAAGGAGAAGAGAAUGACGAUGAGCUUCAAUCAUGUCUGAUCGUCGUCUCAAAUGAAGAAAGAGGGUGGUGUAGUUAUGGAGGAGAAGCGAUGAUUCAAGAAGCAAAGACGCAAUUGGGCCUAGCGCUUCCCCUCAUAGCAGUCAACAUAUUGCAGUAUUGCCUGCAAGUUAUAUCGGUAAUGUUCGUCGGCCAUCUCGGCGACGGCGAGCUCCCGCUCUCCGGCGCUUCCAUGGCCACUUCCUUUGCCGCCGUCACCGGAUUCAGCGUUCUGUUAGGAAUGGGAAGUGCACUGGAAACACUAUGUGGGCAAGCGUAUGGAGCCAAUGAACACCACAUGCUCGGCGUUUUUACCCAAAGAGCCAUCAUAGUUCUUCUUGCCUUGGCCACUCUCCUUGCAUUUAUCUGGCUCUACACCGCCGCAAUACUGGUUGCUCUUGGCCAGGAUCACGAUAUCGCUCUCGAAGCAGGGAAGUAUAAUCGGUGGAUGAUUCCGGGCAUUUUCGCAUACGCCAUCCUCCAGUGCCUCAACAGGUUCUUGCAGACACAAAACAUAGUUAUUCCCAUGAUGCUCAGCUCUGGGUUCGCAGCUCUUUUCCACGUUUUGGUGUGUUGGCUUCUGGUCUUUGGGAUUGGACUGGGAAGCAGAGGUGCUGCAUUGGCAAAUUCCAUCUCGUAUUGGGUUAAUGUGGCUUUGAUGGGGUUGUUUAUCAAGUUUUCUUCUUCUUGCUCGAAAACAUGGACUGGGUUUUCGAGAGAGGCUUUCGGUGGCAUUCUCAGUUUUCUUAAGCUUGCUAUUCCUUCUGCAAUCAUGAUCUGUUUUGAGUAUUGGUCAUUCGAGAUGGUGGUUCUUUUAUCUGGCCUUCUUCCUAACCCAAAAUUAGAAACAUCAGUACUGUCAAUAAGCCUGAACACUUGCUGGACAGUAUACAUGAUAUCAGUUGGUCUUGGUGGUGCUAUAAGCACAAGGGUGUCGAAUGAAUUGGGGGCAGGGCGACCACAGGGGGCACGCUUAGCCCUAUGUGUAGUUGUGAUAGUGGCAAUCUCAGUGGGAGCAGUAAUUGCGGCAGCAACAAUUCUGGUUCGCCAUGUCUGGGGAAAGCUAUACUGCAAUGAAGAAGAAGUGAUAAACUAUGUUGCCAAGAUCUUGCCUUUGCUUGCACUGUCUGAUUUCUUGGAUGGUUUUCAGUGUGUGAUCUCAGGAGCUGCGAGGGGGUGUGGAUGGCAGAACUUGUGUGCAUUCAUCAACCUCGGGGCUUACUACGUUGUGGGGUUGCCAUCUAGUGUUCUCUUUGCAUUCGUGUUUCACAUUGGCGGAAUGGGGCUGUGGAUGGGGAUCAUCUGUGCUCUUUUAGUACAGAAUGUGGCACUCAUAGCUAUCAAUUUAUUCACUGACUGGGAUAAGGAGGCCAGAACAGCCAUAAGUAGAGUUAAUGAAUCCAGACUUGUGAAUGACACAGCAGAAUGAGGAAUGAGGAGGGAAAAUGAGGUUGCAGCCAGACAAGUUAUUCGGGUAGUUAGCUUGGUACUAGGUCUAACUUCGACUCUCCGCAGGAGUUGGUUGUCUAUUGGCCUUCUUAGUUUGAGUUGGUCAACUAAAACUUGUCCAAGGGGUGUGGCGAAGUUAGUGGAACAUGAUUUUCGUACCUAAGAGGGUCAAUCUCGUCGCACAGUAAUCCUAUAAUGUGAUUCCCACUUAAAAAUGGGAAGUUGUCAACUAAAGUGUCACACCUUUACAAUAUUGUAAAAAUGUUCUUAUCUCUUUUAUAUUAUAGUUUUUUUUUUUUUUU